UUUGCAGCUGACACAGAUUAUUUCAUUUUUAAAAACCAUUUGGUAUCUAGAGACGAGGCUCAUUUCUGCUGUAGGAAGUAUGGAAUGACCCUGAUGUCCAUCAGAAGCGAAAAAACCAAUGUAUUCUUGAGCAAUUCGUUGAAAGCCAGUGGGCACAGUGCAAUAUGGUUAGGAAUUUUCAACAAUCCAAGCAACAGUCAAGAAAUGAUUUGGCAUAACAACACCGUAGUUCAGUACAAUAAUUUUGAAUCGACAACUAUGAAAACAAUAGAUAGUAUGGCCGCCAACACCACCGAGGCAACCGCUCUUUGUCUAUAUGGUGAUGUCACUAGCCAGCUUUUGUGGAAAAUUGCACCGUGUCUAGAAAAACUCGACUUUGGAUGUGAAAUAAUUGGUCCUGGCGUUAAUGUUUUGCCAGCUUUGAUACCUGAUGCAGUUUGUCCAGACUUGGUAAAAAUGACAUCACAUGACAUUGCUCGCGGGAGCGCUUUCGUUGACACUGUUGGAAGAACUAGGGCUGGUACGUUUGGUUACUUCAAACGUGAAGACUUGGUAUUUGCUGUGGGAAGAAGAAUUGGGUAUGAUAAAACCGAAGACAACAUCGAGUGUGUAUUUCGUUGCCUGGAAAUCCCAGGAUGCAAUGACGUCAUUAUAUUGGACAAAAAUCACUGUCUCAUGUAUCAGAGGUAA